AUGGCGGCGACAAGGAGUAUUUUUCGUUUUCUAAAUUCAAGACUUUCUACGUCGUUUUCUGCCCUAAGAAUUGGAUUGCCAAGCGGACAUAGUAAGGCGACAAAACGUACAGAUGUUUACAAAUUAAGUUUGUUAACAGCUAAUGGUAUGUACACAAUAAUCAAUAUUCUAAUGUAAAACUGUUUUGUUGCAUUUUAUAGCUGCCCAUCUGUGGUCAAGAAUGUCAUAUCAAUAUACCAAACCAGCGAGACUAUUUUCUACACAUAACAAGCAACCUUGGAUCAAGUACUACAGUCUUCUUUGGGACCAACCACAAAAAUCCAUAUGCCAAAAACUAAUAUUGCCCUUGACAACUAGAACUUUAUCAACGACUGUUUAUAGCAGACCUCUGCUGUCCAUGCCUUCGGGGAAUUUAUGUUUUCGAAGAGGAAUUACCCUAAUCAGCAAAAAAGGAAAGCGUAAAACAUGCAAAGCAGUGGCCAAGAGGUUCAUUAGAACUGGCAAAGGGAAAUUGAAAAGAUGGCGAUGUGGAUACCAUCAUAAUCAAACGAAAAAGAGCAGCAGAAGGAAGAGAGCCUUACGGAAACCAACAUAUGCAUCGAAAACACAGCUUAAGACUUUGAAUAAGAUGUUAAAUGGCUGGUAG